GCGACAACACAGGUGCCACAGCUAGUCUGGAUAUGCGCCACAAUACCGCUCACUAAAACAUAGUACCGACGAGUGGGUAGCACUAGGACGGACAUCCACAAGCGCAGUCAAGUAUCAUGCAGGGUCGACGGAUGCAAAUUUCCCUAUUCCAAAUUACAUCACUUAUGGCUGUUGUGGCAGUCCAUCCUGUUGCGGCCUUUGUUUCCUCGAAGCCUGCCUUCAAUUUUAGGUCGCGAUCUUUUUACGGCAUUGUGAACCGUCAAGAAAUUACGACUCCCUUCCGCGCAAACUUGGUAGGACCUGUGAAUCCAUCUCCCUGUAGGGUACGACUGAAAGCAGAGGAAGCAAGCAAAGAACCGGAAGGAGAUGGUGGAAGGCGACGGAAGGUAAUCAGGAAGAAGCGUGUCCGCAAGGAUCGAUCUCAGGAGGGUGGCGCCGCGUCAGAAGCAGGUGAGGCCUCGCCGCCCAUGGAUCCACGGCUAAAACAGGCACAAGAAGACAUCAUGAGAAGGGAGUUUGAUCGAGAACUAGUUCUUGAAGAGUUUGCUACUCCCCGUGUCAAGGACCGGGUCCGGAUUCCCACACCUAGCGCUGUCGUUGCGGACAGACAGUUGGAGAAAGGUGAGAGAGAGGGUAACGGACGAUAUGAAGCCAAACAAGACAGGCAAAAAGAACAAAACGAGAGGUCGGACACCCUCGACGCCGCAAUAAAUAGUGGUGUACCAGAGAAUCUACGCUAUGACCCUACCUUGGAGCUGCCGAUCCCCUCGGAGACGGUUGUCUCCCUCUCAGACCUCGCCACCAAGUUUGACGCCGCCAUCGAGACGAAGGGCACAGCACUCCCCACACUGGCAGAGCUGGGCAAAAAGGCGAAGGUUUCUAUUUUGCGAAGGCAGCUGGAGGAGGAAGAAAAAGCGACCAAAGAGCUGGAACCCAUUGAUGACUACGACCUGAGCUCCGCCAUCCUUGGGGAGGGCCGGCCUGUCUUGGGCAUCGGACUACCGUAUUUGCAAAGCUGCCAUACAGUCAUAAUUCUUGUGAGCCUUUUGUGUGCUUUCAUUGAGUUUCCCGGCUUUCCGCUGACAAAUUUCCCCUAUGAGUUGCGGGAUUUUCUGAAGCAGGGCCUUGUGGCGGUCUACCUGAUCAACGCCGUCUUGGCAUGGGACAGCAUCAAGGAGGCGCGGAAGCGGGACCAAAGUGUCUUUUUCUGGGCGCUUAAAUGCUUUGUCUUGGGCGCGCUUGCCCACAACGAGCUGUUGCUUAUCCGAGAAAAGCCUCAGAAUGUCGCGUGAGGAUGACAGGAAAAAGAGGUAGAGAAGCGUGAUGAAGAGAGUACAAUUUCAAGCGCUGUGACAUUUCCC